AUGAACUCUCUAAUUGCUUUCCUCUUUUCUAAUUUUGUUAUAUUUCUGAUUUUCGCCACCAUUGCUGCUUUUGAUGGUGGUAACGAGACCGAUUAUCAGGCGUUGUUGAAGUUCAAGUCAAUGAUCACAAACGAAGGUCUAAGCUCAUGGAACGCUUCCUUUCAUUUCUGUGAUUGGAGUGGUGUUAUAUGUGGGAAGCGCCACAGAAGAGUCACUGCUCUACUACUAAGGUCACAAGGCCUAGAAGGCUCCUUGUCUCCUCAUGUUGGGAACCUCAGCUUCCUUCGUCUGAUUUCUCUCACGAACAACAGCUUUCAAGGAACCAUCCCUCAUGAACUCGGUCGUCUCUCCAGGCUAUGUUUCCUCUAUCUUGGCUCUAACAAAUUCAACGGGGUCAUUCCAACUAACCUGUCCCAUUGUUCUAACCUUGAAGAUCUUAGACUUAAUAAUAACAACCUAGUUGGAAGCAUACCUAAAGGGAUCGGUUUCCUCUCCAAACUUACUUAUCUUUUACUUGAGUACAAUAAGUUAACCGGUGGAAUACCGCCUGGCUUGGGAAAUAUAACAUCAAUCAAAUUGUUCAAUGCUGCAACCAAUCCAUUGGGUGGGAACAUUCCAGACACCUUAGGCCAUUGGAAAAGCUUAACAGAACUUUACCUUGGUGCUUGUAACUUAAAUGGAACCAUCCCUCAUUCCAUUUUUAACCUCUCACUCCUAACUGAACUUUCCUUUCAUGAUAAUCAGCUUACCGGUAGUCUUCCCUCGGCCUUAGGUGAAAUGCUCCCUCAUCUUCGGUACUUUCAGUUACAGGAUAACCACCUGACCGGACCUCUUCCACCAUCGAUAUCUAAUUGUUCUAAAUUAGAAUUUCUUGAAGUGCGUGGCAACAGUUUUAGUGGGAAGUUGAGAAUCGACUUUUCAAAACUAAAAGAUAUCUAUCAGAUAAACAUUGGUGAUAACACCUACGGAUUCGGAGAAGCUGAUGAUAUGAAGUUUAUUGAUACUUUGAGAAAUUGCAGUAGAUUAAAGCGUUUAGAUCUUCGUAAUUGCAAGUUUAAAGGAGUGCUGCCCACCUCAAUCGGUAAUCUAGUCGGCCUGACCGGUUUAGGUUUAUCAAGAAACCGAUUCACAGGAAAAAUCCCCUCUGCCAUUGGUCAGCUUCAAAUGCUACAAAUAGCUCAUCUAGAUGAUAACCAAUUGUCAGGGCCAAUUCCAGAUGCCAUCGGGAACUUAUCAUUGUUGAUUACACUCACUAUAAGCUCCAAUAGAUUGGAAGGGCAUAUUCCGUCAAGCCUGGGAAAUUGUCAUUGUCUAUUGGAGUUGCGCCUUUAUGAGAAUAAACUCAGCGGUGGAAUACCUAGACAACUUCUUCAACUUUCAUCCCUAACCAUAGCAUUAGAUCUCUCUCAAAACAACCUGUCCGGGUCACUUCCAACUGAGGCUGGCCAACUCAAGAUGUUGACUUAUCUAGAUCUGUCUAAUAAUAAUUUAUCAGGUGACAUUCCAAGUAGCCUUGGUGGUUGCACUAGCCUUUCAUUCUUAUACCUCAAAGGGAACUUAUUUCAAAGCACCAUACCACUCUCAUUAACUUCUAUGAGAGGAGUUGCGACACUUGAUCUUUCUCAUAAUAAUUUAUCGGGCCAAAUUCCUGGAUUUUUGGAACGAUUUAUCUUACUAGAAUAUCUAGACCUAUCCUUUAAUGAUUUUGAGGGGCAAGUACCAAUGCUAGGUGUCUUUGCCAAUGCAAGUGCAUUCUCAAUUUUGGGGAAUAGUAAGCUUUGUGGUGGCUUGGCUGAACUUAGGUUGCCCAAAUGCAAGGAGACACAUGAUAAACUUAAAAAAAGGUUUCCUUUGUUCAUAAUAGUCAUUGUGAUUGCAGCCACACUUUUCACCAUAAUAUGUUUUGUAUAUGUCUGGUGUAAGAAAAGCAAGGGUCAACCCUCCGAAUCAUCAACACACAAACGAUUCAUGAGAGUAUCAUAUAGUCAACUUCUCAAAGCUACCAACGGCUUCUCCAAAGCCAAUUUGAUUGGCAAGGGUGGUUUCAGCUCUGUUUAUAAAGGAAUACUUGAUCAUGGUGAUGGAUUUGUUGCAGUCAAAGUUCUUCAUCUUCAAAACAGAGGUGCUCACAAAAGCUUUAUAGCAGAGUGUGAAGUGUGGCGGAGUAUUCGACACCGGAAUCUGUUGAAGAUAAUAACUUCAUGUUCAAGUGUCGACUAUCAAGGCAAUGACUUCAAAGCUUUGGUAUACGAGUUCAUGCCCAAUGGGAGUUUACAUGAUUGGUUGCAUUCAAGUUCAAGUACAUCCAGGCUAAACCUUCUUCAAAGAAUAAAAAUCCUCCUUGAUGUUGCAUCUGCACUUGAUUAUCUUCACAAUCAUUGCCUGCCAACCAUCGUUCACUGUGACCUGAAGCCUAGCAAUAUUCUACUCGAUGAUGAUAUGGUGGCCCAUGUUGGAGACUUUGGUUUAGCUCGAUUUCUUGGAGCAAAUUCAAACCAAAACAGCACAAGUGGCAUUAGAGGAACGAUUGGGUACACACCUCCGGAGUAUGGUGUGGGGAGUGAGAUGACAAGCAGUGGAGAUGUCUACAGUUUUGGAAUACUAUUAUUGGAGGUGAUGACAGGGAAGCGGCCAACAGACAACAUCUUUAAUGAAGGCCUCAGCCUUCAUAAAUUUGCAGACAUGGCCUUGCCAGACCAUGUGACCGAUGUUAUUGAUGAUGACCUUCUAAAAUUUCUUCAAGAGGAUGUUAAUGGUACACAAUCUACGUUAGCAUAUGAAAAGAAAAUAAAGGAAUGCUUGUCUUCAACUAUCAAGCUUGGAGUAUCAUGCUCCAUGGAUUCCCCACCACAAAGGAUGAAUAUUGAAAAUGUUGUCCAUGAGUUGCAACAAAUUCUGGAUAUGCUUAAAUAA